CACGAGCCGGCGCCGCGGCCACGAGCACAACACUCUUCUCCGGCCAGUGGAGGGAUGGGGGGCUCCAGCAGCCGCUGAACCCAGACAAACUGGACCAGGGGCCGAGGCGGAAGAAGUGCUCUCUGCCCACCCUCGGGUGACUUCGGUUGGAUUUACUCCGCGCCAACAUGCCGUUCGCCAAGCGAGUCGUGGAGCCCCAGUUUCUGUGCAGGUACCGGGUCCCGAGCGAGGAGGCUGUGCUCUUCGAGGACCUGGUCUCCGUCAGUCAUGUGGCUCUAUCCCGGACCUUGCGGCAGCUGUCGGACUUGGCCAAACACGCCUGCUCCAUAUUCCAGGAGCUGGAGAGCGACCUGGCCUCCACCAGCCUGCGGGUCAGGGGGCUGCAGAGGAAGAUCGGCCGGCUGGAGCAGACCUGCUCCGAGCUGGACCCCAAACAGGAGGCCGUGCCGGUGUCCAACCUGGAUGUGGAGAGUAAGCUGACGACACAUUACCAAGCUCCCUGGCACCAGCAGAGGAACAUUUUCCACCACUCCACGCGGCCAGUAUGUGUAGAAGAGCUCCACAGGCAAGCCAACCUCAGCCUGUGGGCCCUGCACCGAGAUUACCAGAGCAGACGAUUGGGCAGCAGGGAGCGGAGGGUCACCAUCUCCAUCUCAGCCGUGCCCCCGAUGCCCAGGAUCCCUUCCCCUCACAUCAUCAAGAGACAAGAGAGAAGUGGCACGAAUUCAACCACGUUUGAAUCCAUCCGCUCCUCCUCCCCUACCGAAUGUUGUCACUUCUCUCCCUGGAGCAGAAAGGCUGCGCCCUCUGACCCUGAAACUGAUGGGGUGGCUCUAGGUCACCGGUCUAAGUUUCCCAUCCUUAACAUCCCCUCCACCCUGGACAAGCAGACUAACUGGUCUGAAGCCUUGCCGCUGCCCACCCCAGAGGAGCGAAUGAAAAGCAAUUCCCACGUCAUCACCUCAUGUGUCAUCCCCAUUAAUGUGACUGGGGUUGGCUUUGACAGAGAUGCUAGUGUGCGCUGCUCGCUCGUUCACUCCCAGUCGUUGCUUCAGAGAAGGAGGAAGCUGCGGAGACGGAGGACUGUCGCUGGCAUUCCCAGACAGGUGCAGCAAGAUUUGGACUCUGAUGACUCUCCAAGUUCUAGAGAGCGUACAGUGAUCGUUCAUGUCAGUCCAAACAUCACUCCCUCUAAUGAGGAGCUGGACAGCCAUUUCAGCACCAGAGACUCAGGUUGCCAAACUGAAGACUUUCUGAUCUCAGGAGCCCCGUCUCGCAGGAGGAUCAGGGGCCAAAGGGUCCAGGGAGUCUCCCUCUCUUACUCAGCAGGCAACAUCACCUCCUUGCCCGACAGAGCUGAGGCCAUGUUCACUGCCUCUGUGGACGCACGCCUGCGCUCAAGGAGUCUGCCUCGAGACACGAGCAGGAUCAUGGAUAACGGGCAAAAUGACAGUUAUGAUGAGGAGGAGCUUUCCCCCUUCGACCCAGAGAACUUCCUGCCUGUACCCAGGAAGUUGCUUCUGAAGGAUGAAGAGGAGAGCACAGAUGACCAGGCCAUUUCUGAACACCAGUUGGGCCUCAAGUACAAGCAGCUCUCUGAGAGUCCAGAGCGCAGCUGGAUGGAGAGGACCAGAUCCCAUCUGCCCAGAAAGACGGAUAUGGGCAGCUGUGAGAUCUCCUCUAGUUCAGACACCUUCAGCAGCCCUGUCCAUUCCGUCUCUGCUGCAGGGGUGCUGGCAGGCCAGAUGGACCACAAGGAGGACCAUCAGUCUUCUAGCGGAAACUGGAGCGGGAGCAGCUCCACCUGCCCCUCACAAACCUCAGAGACUAUCCAACCUGCAGCCUCUCCACCACUGACCGGCUCCUCACACUGCGACUCCGAACUCUCCCUAAACGCCGCCACUCACAACAACGACGACCCGACCGGCUUCAUGCUGGACCACUACCAGGGCAUCAGGACCCAGCGGACAGGCUCCUUCUCCUCCACUGCGAUGGACAUAUUAGAGGAAGCAGGGGUCAGCACUCCCAUCGAGCAGGAGUGGAGUUACCCCCACCCCGAGAUUGAGCGCCCCCAGGACUUCAGCCCCGAGCCAAACAGAGAAGCAGAGAGCAGCCUAGGCUGCCCAAGCUACACCAGCAUGGUCACCUGCGAGAGCAGCUACUCUGACAAACCGCCGUCAGAGAAGGCAGACAAUGUGUCCCACUAUUCUGUGGACAGUGAAGGGUACUACACCUCCUUGCACUUUGACUGUGGAAUGAAAGGUAGCAAAAGCUUCACUUAUAACUAUGGCGCCUCUGGCUCCGACUGUGGCCUGUCUGACUUAAGUGGUCACAUGUCGCUGUCGAGACGCUGCCUCUCUUUAAGAAAGCCAAAGGCGAGGCCAUCUCCACCGAAGAGGAGUUCAUCCUUAAGGAAAAUAUGCAGUGAUGACAAUAUCCAUGACACGAAGGAACCAAAGAUUACAUGUGGGCAGCAACGUCCACUGUCUUCCAAGGAGAGGAGACUGCAGCUAGCUUUGUGCGGCUCUCCGGGUCUUAUAGAAAACUCCUCACGGUCCAGAGAGCCCCUUGUGGUCUGGGGGGUGGAGGACCCAGUCGAUCUACCUGACCUAGGUGCUUUUAGCUCCACAGAUGCACAUUCGUUUAAGGAUGACGGGGUCGUUCAGUCAGACUAUGCAGAUCUGUGGCUGCUGAAUGAUUUAAAAUCCAGUGAUCCUUACCGAUCUUUGUCAAACUCAAGCACAGCUACAGGCACGACUGUUAUCGAGUGCAUGAAGUCGCAGGAGAGCUCAGAAUCACAGACAUCCCAGUCUGGCUCCAGAGCCACCACUCCCUCUCUGCCGUCAGUCGAGGGUGAGUUUAAGCUGUCCUCUCCAGAGAGGUUAGCAGGCCUGGCCAGCCCAUCCAGCGGCUACUCUAGUCAGUCAGAGACCCCCACCUCUUCAUUCCCCUCCACCUUCUUUCCCGGGCCACUGUCACCAUCCAGUGGUAAGAGGAGGCCUAAAGUCCCUGAAAGGAAAUCUUCCCUUCCUUCCUUGUCCCUGCAGUCGCUCUCCUGCAGGGAUGGAGCCAACACGAAGAAAGACCUGGAGCUGCCCAUAAUCCCUCCCUCCCACCUCGACCUAAGUGCCCUUCAGGGUGUCAACAAGGCCUUGGCUUACAGGACACAGAUUCAAAUCCUUCAGCAAAACAAACACAAAGCUGCUGCAGCACCCACUUACUCAGAGGUGUUCAACACCCGGCCCCUGUCCAUCACACCCACCGUGCUGCACUCAGUGCAGCUCCGAUCCUUCAAUAAAGACACAGAGGAAAGUCAUGAGGACAGAACAACUUUCAAACGAAAAUGUCCGACAGUGAACUUGAAAAGCACACUUUCCAGUAGUAAAUCAUUAGAGCUGAAGAGUCCACUGUUAUACAGCUCACGUCCUCACUACACAUCUUCGCAGGACUUCUCUAAAUCAAUGUUUAGCUCUAAUGAAGAGCUUUCAUGUGGAGAAGCUGCAUGUCAGAGUGAGCUGAGGACCGAGCAGGACAGAGAGUCUUCUCUAGAGAGUGAGACAGCGUGCAGGCUCCAAUCAGAGCCGUCAGCCGACGUCCGUGACCCAACCACAAGCCAGGAAGAAGAGACGUGCAGAGAGUCGGUAGAAAUACCUGUCUGCUCUGUGGACUGCAGCCCACAGUCAGAUCCCGUAGCACAACCGAGAAGUGAGCCCUCUGAAGAACAGCUGUGUUCAUCUCCCUCUGUUCUGCACAGUUCAACCAGUGGAUCCCACAGUCUUGAUGAAGUGUCUGCUACUGACGGUCAAUCUGAGUCGAUUCAAGAGAGUCCAAUCAGCAAUGAAGAUUACAAAGAGGAGGAUUGUGACUCGUCAGGUGUUUCAGCAGAAAGUGCCUCCCAGGACGGGAAGGACGAGUCCACACCAGAGACAGAGGAUUACUUCAGCAAAGACUCCACACCCAGUGACACUGUAGUGUCGCUGCUGAGUGAUGAGUCACGGCCAGAGGACGACAAUGUGUUUCUGUCACCCAACAGAACUCGCACCACUGAGGAUUUGUUUGCAAUGAUACACAGGUCCAAAAGGAAAGUGUUGGGUCGGAAAGACUCCACUGAGUCUGGUGCGAAGAACCGUCUUAAUACUGCAUCAGCAAACACACCACCCAGCAGCACCAUCAGCUCCCCAGUCUCACUGGUGUCGCCCACCUCCGUGGUGACCCCACCGGGCCCGCAGAGAGUCCCCGUGCCCAUCUACAGGAACGUAAAGAAGUCUAGCACCUCCAACGAGGAAUUUAAACUGCUGCUGCUCAAAAAGGGCAGCCGCUCAGAUUCCAGUUACCGCAUGUCAGCGACAGAGAUCCUCAAGAGCCCCAUCGCUCCUAAAUCUCCGGGAGAUUCUCUGACCGAGUCGCCCGGGCCGCCCGAGGACUUCUCGUCCCCCUUGCAACAACAGCAGCUUCAUUCAGGGCCAGAUCAGAUCUCCAGCCCCUACCCCAGAGCCUACUCUGAGGGCUUCUCUCCCAAAUCCUUCCCCACGUCUGCUGCGUCCAGGCAGGGCCGCCCCAGAAUCCCCCCGCCCGCCAACAGCAGCCGCUACGGCAUGCGCAGCAGACUGUUCUCAGCUCCCAUGCAGGCCAUUUCCGAGGGCGAGGCGGAGAACUCAGACGGAAGUCCUCACGAUGACCGCUCGUCACAGGGCUCCACGUAGAAAACAGAGUAUAAAUGUCAAAGGUAUGAAAUUAUUUUUUUAGUUUAAACAUCAAACAGAUGGACAAGAGUGGGUAAUAAUAUAUACUAGUUGUGAUGAGGAUAAUUUGGUUACACAGAAGGCUAGGGGGAAACCUAUGCUAUUAAAAAAAUCAUAAUUGAACUAAAUAUGGAUGAGUUUCCUAUUUGUGUUUUUUUUUGUUGAUAUUUUAAAUCUGUGUUUCGCUGUGUUCAAAAAUAUUUUAUACAUUUAGUUAUUCUAAAAUUGAAAUAAAAUGUUAGUAUAAGAACUGGGUUAUUCAGCAGCUGCAUUUUAGAAAAAUAUGAUACAUUAAAAUCAAUUACAGGUUAAACAUUUCUCCAGUUGAGUUCCACUGAAAACACAAGCUGGUUAGUGUAUGGCACAUUGCCCAAAGCCAUAUAUGACUCCCAGCAGACUCCCAACAAAACAAGUAUAUUCAUGUUUGAUCUGUUUUCCCUCUUCUGCCGACAAAAAACUCUGAAAUUUCCAUAUUUUAUAGACAUUAAAAUAGACAAAUAUAUUUCAAGAACUGUAUGUAUUCUAUGAAUACCUAUGCAAUUAGACACACAAUUUGUACAUUUUCUAACACGAGUUAUACCAAGAUUAUUUUGAUACUCACAACUGAACAUCAGGACAAACACAAACAGCACAACCCAUCAACUCAAAGUCCUGGGAGACAUUUGAUGUAAUGUGUUUAAAUACUUUCCUCAGUCCCUUUUAAGAGCAUAUAUUAAUGAAAUCAAUGAAAUGUGAUUUAUUACAACAUUUUAAAGUUCUAAUGCAAUAACGCUAGGGAUUAGAGGUGAGACAGGAAACGUCAGAGCCAAGCACUAACUUGACAAUCUCUGGAGAAAAGGCGUGAGCAGGUGAAAACAUGGGAGAAGAAAAAGUUAUUAAAAAGUAACAGGAGGUGAAACAGGAGAGCUUUAGGAGAAAGACAAAAUUAAAAAAGAUUGAAAAAUGCAAUAAAAAGUAAUUUAUGGUUUACUGACUGAAUUGUUGAAGGAAGCGAGUGGAAAGUGUUCAGGAGGAUCAAAAAUAUAAAUAUAGACAAUGAAGCUGUUUUCAGACAUGAACUCUGGAGAUUGGGUCCAGACUGCGUUCACAGUAACACAGAAAUCCAAUCACUCUGGGGGGGGGGGGGGGUUAAUAAUCCAGAGUUCUGUGCAUGUCUGAAAGCAGCUUUUGAGACCAAGCAGCUUUGGGCCUCAGCAAGUCGAGUGUUUCAGUUAGGAUGGAGGACGUAGGGUCAUAUUAGGAGCCAGGUUAUCGUCUGCAAUGGAAAUUCUAGCUCUGGAGUUGUGGCAUUUGCUGCUUUUUUGUAACAGAUGUUGUUCUAUUUUACUCCCAGUCAGAAGCAGAACAGUCACAUUUUCUGUGUGAACUAAUCUCAAUAUAUUUAUUUUUAUUCCCCACACAGAAAAUCUCCAUACACUCCCAGAUUUGGUUAAAAACAACCCCCCACCCCCCCAAAAAAGAAAAAAAUUAUGAAAUCAUGCAAUGAAUUGCUGGAAUUUUUAAACAAAUUUUGUAUUCAAUUGCUUAUUUUGUUUGUAAGAGACAAAUAAAACAAUUUAUUUGAGACACUGGCUUUCAGAGACAAUUAAGUAGGCAACGCAUUAAAUGUCAUUAAAGAUGACACACACACAGCCAUAAGCUAGAAGAGAGGUUAUAGCUGUAACCCUGGUACUCUGAAGCUGUUUUUGAUAAAUAAAUAGUGUUUACUGUAGUGAUCAAGAACUAUGCAAAGCUGGUGGAGUCUCUGUAGCCACAUGACCAUGUUAGAAGACUGUUCUUCGCUACUGCUGCACUGUAAGUGUCUUCAUUUUGGCCUUAAUAAUGACACUCCGCUCUGAGGCAGUUCCAUACAUGUAUAACAGGGUACACAGUGGGUUAGGUCUGUUAACCUUCAUUCCAACAUUGGAUUUUCUUUCCUUUGCACUGAUAAAGUGAUGUUUCAUUGGUCUCUCGCUGUACCUGGACAUAUUUAUAGACUUUUACACGGAGCUGUUUGACUCUUCUUUGAAUUUUAUCCUCACUCUGAGUUCGCUGUAGGAGUGGUGUAGAUGCUUCUGCCAAAGGCUGCAACAUGUACGUGUUAUUGGCAUCAAACCGUUUUAUUCUCAUCUUGUUUACGUGACUCAAGCGUUCUUGAAAACACGAACCAACACUAAAGAAGCAUUAGUGUAACUUAAGGUACUCGAUGCAUUUCAUGUCCGAUCAAUCUCUAUAGUAUAAUGUUGUUGUUUUUGUACAAACAUGCUGUAAAUACAAUAACUUUUGUAAGUGUCACAAAGGUUGUUUAAUUGUUUCUUGUGUAAAAAAAAUUUGUUUUGAACGUUUACAUUAAUUUCAGACCUUUGUAUAUUUUUGAGCUGUGGAACACUUUGUCUUGUAUUUAUUUUUUAGUAAGCAUUGUGGAAAUCCCAUAGUAGAUCCUAUCGAAGCCAACUGUGAGCACAACAGGCUGCUUAGCAAAUGUGUAUAAAACAGACAAAUAAAUGUGACUGCUUUGAAAAUGAA